AUCACAAGCCACGCAAGUUGAUCUCCCAAUAACUCGUCGCUACGCUGCCUGACUUGAGGUGCUCUGCAUCACGGCAUGUUUACAUAACCUUCCAAAUAUCAUUUCAUAAAACUAUUUAAUGAUACAAAAGGAAAUAAAGCAAACAGUACAGUACAGUGUACAGUAAUGAGGUUUUUUUUGUUUUGUAUGUGAUGACCUUGACUCUUUUGGAUGAGCGGUGUCACUUUGGAUGCUUUCAUCUGGCGCCUCCGGCAGGUCACGACGGAGCUUGCAGAGUCCUCAGCGUUUCUGCAGGCUUCGAGGUUCAAAUUCCAAAUGGCUCCUCCCCCCCCCCCACCUCCUCCUCGGCCCUCCUUCCAAAUCUCCUGGUCUUCCUCUUGUCUUUACGGAAACAAGCUGCUGCUCUUCAUCACCACCACCACCACCGUCGUCAUCACCGCUACAAUGGAGCAACAGUGCAUGUUGACAUUGCACCGCUGAUGAGCUGGGUCUUUCCUUCCUGCCUCCCUAAUAUGUGCCACGUUUUAUUGUGGUGCAAAUCAGCAUUCAUGUAAAGAUCGUGUGAGGUGUGAAGAUCUCGUAACGUCGGACCUCCUUUUUGCUCCUUAGCGUUAUGGAGGCGAAAGUGAGGAGCAGGAGCGUCUUCAGCAGCGUCAAGGUGUUCGUGGCGUGUCAGAGUGUGCUGCAGUUGUCACAGCUCCUGGUGUCGGGCUACAUGAAGAGCUCCAUCUCCACCAUCGAGCGGCGUUACGGUCUCUCCAGUCAGAAGUCGGGCCUGCUGGCCGCCUUCAACGAGGUGGGCAACACGGUGCUGAUCGUGUUCGUCAGCUUCCUCGGGAGUCGUGUUCACCGCCCUCGCAUGAUUGGCUUUGGCGCUCUGCUCGCGUGUUUGGCCUCGCUGCUGAUGGCGCUGCCGCACUUCCUGAGCGGGCCGUACCGCUACGACAACCAGCGGUACCGGAAUGGCGACUCCAGCUGGAACAGCUCCGGCCUCUGCUACGUCCAAAGCGUUCACCUCGCCAACUCCACCGCUCCGUCAUCCAAUCAGAGCUGCAGCGAGCAGGAAAGCUCCACCCACGACGGUAUCUACACUCUGCUGCUAUUUGCUCAGCUGCUGCUGGGCGUGGGCUCUGUGCCCAUGCACCCUUUUGGCAUCUCUUACAUUGACGACCAUGCCAGCAAGAAGAACUCUCCGCUCUACCUGGGCAUCCUAUUGGCCGUCACCGCCAUUGGACCCGCCUUUGGUUUCCUCAGCGGGGCAUUUCUGUUGCGACUCUACGUCGACUUUGACAAAAUAUCUGCAGAUGAGGUGGAACUGGAUCGCAAAGACCUGCGCUGGGUUGGCGCCUGGUGGCUCGGCUUCCUGGUGGCGUCCUGUCUUCUCUUCAUGGCCGCCUUGCCAUACUUCUUCUUCCCCAGGGACAUCCCCCCGGAGGAUGAGUCGCAAGCAGACAAAAAGCAACAGCAGCUGGAUACUUUCCAGGAAGUCAGCCUUGUUCACUUCCUUAAAAGUUUUCCAAGCAUGUUGUGUCGGACCCUGCGGCGUCCCGUCUACCUCCUGGUGGUCCUGGCGCAGGUCAACCUGGCCGCCAUGGUGUCCGGCCUCGCCACCUUCACGGCCAAGUUCAUUGAGAAACAAUUCAGCCAGACGGCGGACUUCUCUGCCGUCAUGAUUGGUGGCCUGUGCAUCCCUCUGGGUGUGCUCGGCACCAUGCUCGGCGGAGUCCUGAUGCGGCGCUGGACUCUUGGUGUCACAGGCGCCAGCAAGUUCUGCACCACCGCCAUCUUGCUCAGCCUUCUCUGUGCUUUCCCUCUCGUCCUCAUGGGCUGCCCCACGCAAAAGAUCGACGGGGUCUUCCCGCCUCGGAGUACGGCACCAUGGUGCAGCUCGGCAUGUCAAUGUGUCCCGGAAUCGUUUAAUCCGGUGUGCGGUUCUGACGGUGUCGAGUUCACGUCUCCGUGUCGUGCCGGCUGUGUCUCUGUGGAAAUGUACAGCGCCAAAAAAGUCAUCAACUUCACAGAGUGUCGGUGCGUGGGCGAGGCCGGUGGCUCGGCAACACCCGGAACCUGCGGGAGUGGGUGCGGCCGCUUCCUGUUGCCUUUUGUUGUCCUGAUGGCCGCCAGCUGUCUCAUCGCGUCCUUGUGCCAGACGCCGUCCUUUGUCAUCAUCCUCAGGACGGUGUCAGCGCAAGAAAAGUCGUUGGCAGUGGGCGUCCAAUAUAUGGUCUUCAGGGUCCUCGCCUUCAUGCCCUGCCCGGUCCUCUACGGCGCCGUCAUCGACACCACGUGCGUCCUGUGGGACAGGAAGUGCGGCAAGCAGACUUCCUGUCUCUACUACGACUUGGACCGCUUCAGACACAGGUUUUUGGGUGUCCAGGGGGUCUUCCUCUGCGGGGGUCUGCUGUGCUUCUUCUUGACCGUGCAGGUGCUGCACAUGAGGAGGGAGGGGCUUGCGCCCCCGGAGGUUCCAAAUCAGAACGUCUAUGAGCUGGUGGACGAGCACAGCAAGGGUCGGGAAGCGAUCCCACCCCAGACCUGAGGAGGCUCAAGAGAACACUGGGGAAAGACCUUUGACCCUUUAUUCCACAGCAUUGCUAUCCAGUGUAAGGUCCCAUACCAUACCCAAACCCCAACCUUAAGAUGGAUAUCAAAGAUAUGGAAUAAAUGCUUAAAAGGCUGAGCAAAGGACAGGAUGCUGAGACAGAUUUGACUUUUUGGGUCCACUUCCGCUUCGUUACGCGCGACAAGCGCAAUUCCUCUUACGUCCACAAGGGAAAGUCACGUCACUGUUGUACAACCUGGCAGUUUCCUUGCACUCUGCGAAAAUAUGCGAUGAUGUAGCGCAGUUUCCAUGCCGCCAUCUUGUGUCCAAAGUUCCUUCCUACCUGGUAUUAAUGUGCACAUGGUCAUGUGUCUGGCAGAUGUGUGUGCGUUUGUCUGUGUUCUCGCGUUUGCGCGCCUGUGGUUGUGUCUGCACAUGUGUGUUUUUGUUGGUUUGUGUGUCUGUGGUCUACUCCUUGUGUGUGUGUGUCUAUGUGAGUGACUCGGUUUAUGUCUACACGGGUGUCUGUGGUUGUGUGUGAGCAGACGAGUGUGCUUUUGUGAUUGUUUGUGCAUGUGUGCGUUUGUGUGCAUCACUGGGUGUGUGCAUGUGUGUGUGUGUGCGUGUCUUUGCAGAUGUUUCCGCACUAAUGUUUAGCCUCUAAACCCUUUCUUUGUUCUCUUUGUCUUAUAAUUUUGCCGAUGUGGUUUCUGUGUGUGUGUUAAGACAAAUGUUCUUUUCUUUCUUUUUUGUUCUUUUUGAGUUUUCCCCGACGGGUUGAAUUAAGAAGGAGACUAGGAAAUGUUUUCUUUUUUUCCUUCCAACACUGGACAAACCUCAGGAAUUUGAUGACAAAAUCAAAACCACAUGGUAAACACACGCACACACUCAUAUUGUGAACUCAUAUGUGGAAUGUGAGUGUAUGAUAUGAUCCACAUGGGAAGAUUGUAUGGACGAACGCGAGUGUCAAACUAUUUUCACGUUGCCGUUUUCCCGUUGUUGAAAUGUGCUAGGGGUCAAAGAUGACUAAAAAAAAAAGUCCUCAGUGGGGAAGAGAUGUGAAAAUUCGAUGCGAACAUUUUGUUUCAUGAUCAUGUUUAUUUUGCCACGUCACACAAAUGUAACAACACUGUGACAAGUGACAAUGUUUGUGAUAAAAA